GCUGAACCAACCUCAGAGAGAGUGCUCAGCCUGGGCAGGGCUAGGGUCAGAGCUGGAGGAAAUGUCCCUGGAGAGCCAGUUACUCCCCACUGGGUCCUGGAUGGGGGGCUCUGGCUCAAGGUCACCCUGGAGGAGCCGGUCUUGAAGCCAGAUGUGCUGCUGGUGGCUUUAGUGGCUGAAGGCCAGGAUCUCCUGCUUGAAUUGGAGAAGAACCACAGGCUCCUGGCCCCAGGAUACACAGAAACCCACUACAGCCCUGAUGGGCAGCCUGUGGUGCUGUUCCCCAACCACACGGUGAGACCUGAGGCACCCCCUAAGUACCUACCUCGUCCCGUUUUGCAUUCCUUCGGAGACUGUAGCAGCCUUCAGGCCUCCCUCCCUCCUUGUUCCUCCAACUUGAGCCCUUACUGAGAUUCGGGUUUGAGCUCCUCCCUCUCUAGGAUCAUUGCCACUAUCAUGGGCGUGUGAGGGGCUUCCCGGAGUCCUGGGUAGUCCUCAGCACCUGCUCCGGGAUGAGUGGCCUGAUUGUGCUCAGCAGCAAUAUCAGUUACUAUCUGCACCCUUGGGCUUCUGGGGACAAGGACUUCUCAAGCCACAAGAUCUUCCGGACGGAGCAGUUGUUCACCUGGAGAGAGAACUCCAGAUACAAAGCAGGAAUGGCCAGUCUUCCUCAUGUCCCCCAGAGCAGGGUGAGGCGAGAGGUCCGCAGGAGCCCCAGGUACCUGGAACUGUACAUAGUGGCUGACCACACCCUGUUCUUAGUCCGGCAUCAGAACUUGAACCACACAAGACAGCGCCUCCUGGAAGUUGCCAAUUGCGUGGACCAGAUUCUCAGGUCUCUGGAUAUUCAGGUGGUAUUGACUGGCCUGGAAGUGUGGACACAACAGGAUCACAGCCGCAUCACGCAGGACGCAAAUGCCACCCUCUGGGCUUUCCUGCAGUGGCGUCGUGGGCUCUGGGCUCGGCGGCCACACGACUCCACGCAACUGCUCACGGGCCGCACCUUCCAGGGCACCACGGUGGGCCUGGCGCCUGUGGAGGGCAUGUGCAGAGCCGAGAGCUCCGGGGGUGUGAGCAUGGACCAUUCGGAACUCCCCAUCGGCACAGCGGCCACCAUGGCCCACGAGAUAGGUCACAGCCUGGGCCUCCGCCAUGACCCCGACGGCUGCUGCGUGGAGGCAGACGCAGAGCAGGGAGGCUGCGUCAUGGAGGCAGCCACAGGGCACCCGUUCCCGCGCAUCUUCAGCGCCUGCAGCCGCCGCCAGCUGCGUACCUUCUUCCGCAAAGGGGGCGGUGCGUGCCUCUCCGAUAACCCGGGCCCGGGGUUCCUGGUGCUGCCCACGCGCUGUGGAAACGGCUUCGUGGAAGCAGGAGAAGAAUGUGACUGCGGUUCUGACCAGAGGUGCCCAGACCCCUGCUGCUUUGCCCACAACUGCUCCCUGCGUGCAGGGGCGCAAUGCGCCCACGGCGAUUGCUGUGCACAGUGCCAGCUAAAGCCCGCAGGCACGCCUUGUCGUCCCGCUGUGAAUGACUGCGACCUUCCUGAGUUCUGCACGGGAGCCUCCCCACAUUGUCCCCCAGACAUUUACCUACUGGAUGGCUCACCCUGCGCCAAGGGCCGUGGCUAUUGCCUAGAUGGCUGGUGUCCCACGCUGGAGCAGCAAUGCCAGCAGCUCUGGGGGCCUGGUGAGACCACAUGCUCGCCUUGGGACCUGCAGUUUUCUACUGUGGGCAGCUCUACGCAUGGAACAAAGGCCCGAACUGCCCAGCUUCUUCUAUCCCCAGGAUCCCAGCCUGCUCCGGAGCCCUGUUUCCAGGAGAUGAAUUCCGUGGGGAAUUCGCAGGGGAACUGUGGCCAGGAUAGCGAGGGUAGCUUCCUUCCUUGUGCACAGAGGGAUGCUCAGUGUGGGAAGCUGCUGUGCCAGGGCGGGGAGCAAAACCCAUCUGUGCUGGGGCGCGUAGUGACUAUAGAUUCCACAAUACUCCGAGAGGGUCACGAGGUGGCUUGCCAUGGAGUGUUUGUGCUCCCUGAUACUCAUCUGGACCAGCCAGGCUUGGGCCUGGUGGAGCCAGGCACCCGCUGUGGACCCGAAAUGGUGUGCCAGCAUAGGCAGUGUCAGAAUGCUACCUUCCGGGAGCUGGAGCGUUGCUUGACUGCCUGCAAUGACCAUGGGGUUUGCAAUAGCAAUCAUAACUGCCACUGUGCUGUAGGCUGGGAUCCACCCUUCUGUGACAAGCCAGGCUUCGGGGGAAGCAUGGAUAGCGGGCCUGCACAGCCUGCAAACCCAGGUGCCUUCCCCGUGGCCAUGCUCCUCAGCUUCCUGCUGCCUCUGCUCCCUGGGGCUGGCCUAGCCUGGUGCUACUACCAGCUCCCAACACGCCGUCAGCGCCCCCGGUGGUGCUACAGGAGGGACCCCGUAUGCAAUAGGCCCAUCAAUGGUCCCUGCAGGGCCCACCCUCUGGGCAGUGUUCACCCCAUGGAGUCUGACUCUGUCACCACUGGAGAGCCCUCACCCCUGGCCCAGGGGCCUCUUACCAACAGUGUUUGCACCCUUCAUCUCUUGCAUGGCUUUCAGACCCUGAGAACUCUGUGCCUACCUAGGAUCUACCCUAAGAAGCUUGUGCCACAUGCCUGAUCCCCAAGGUGAUGAGGGACCCUGAUGCCGCCCCCCCAUUGCCUGGUCACCAGCCUCUUGCUGCCUACUACUCAGAUCAAUGGGCUUGUAUCAGUAAGGAAACGAGACACACCCUAGGGAAGCUCUUGCCAAGAAGACCAGGAUGCUGGAAGCCCUAGGGCCUGGGAAGGGAGAAACUAUGGUUUUUCUGAGGACCUCACUGAGGGAGGACAAGUGGGCCACUUGACUGGCAGCCUGGAACCCCAGUCCUCAGUCUCUGCUACUUCAUGCUUAGCAAGUCAAGUCCAGAAGCUAAGUUCCUGUCUCUGGAGAGGGAGGCCUCCUGAGGCCAGGGGACCAAGAAGACAGGUGCCCGCUGCUACUCCAGGAACCUGGGCCCCAAGGGCAUCGCCAGCAAGUCAACCGAACUCUUGUACUUCUGAUGGACCAGAUGCUAAGCUCUUCCCCAUCCACCCCAGGAACCCCAGAGCCGUAUCACGUCAUAAGAGCUGUGCUAUUCUGAAAUGCCAGAAUGUAUCUAAGCAAUAAAGUCACAAGCUAUA